AUGAAUGAGUUCAGUCCUGUAGGCCCGGACAGUCCUGUCUCUCCUCACAAGAGAAAACGGCGCUCCACACCCCUAAGUUCUUCCACACUUCCUCCACAAGCGACAGAGAAGACCUCCUAUCUGCAGACUUCGGAGAUCUCCCUCUGGACCGUGGUGGCUGCCAUCCAGGCCGUGGAGAGGAAGGUGGACGCCCAAGCCAGCCAGCUGUUGAACCUGGAGGGCCGCACGGGGACGGCCGAGAAGAAGCUGGCCGACUGCGAGAAGACGGCCGCGGAGCUCGGGAACCACAUGGAGGGCAAGUGGGCCGUGCUGGGGACGCUGCUGCAGGAGUACGGGCUGCUGCAGCGGCGCCUGGAGAACAUGGAGAACCUGCUGCGCAACCGGAACUUCCGGGUCCUGCGGCUGCCCCCGGGCGGCAAGGGCGAGGUGCCCAAGGUAUCCAGGUCAUUUGAGGACGAUGGAGUCUGUCUGUCGGAGCAGGAGUGGGAGAACCUGGAGGACUGGCAGAGGGAGCUUUACAGAAACGUGAUGAAGAGCAACUAUGAGACUCUGGUCUCUCUCAAGGUUCUUGGCCAGCCCGAGGGAGAAGAUGAGUUGGGUACAGAGAUGCUGGGUGGCUUGGAGGAGCAAGGCCCUGGUGGUGCCCACCCAGCAGAUGGGACCACAAUCAAACAGGAGGUGCAGUACGAGCAGGAAGGCUUUGAGGACCUUUCUGGAGAGUUCCGGCACACGGCUGAAGAGCAGGCUCUCCUGUGCCCUGGGCAGGCAGCUCCCUGGGACGGUCAGGGCAGUUCUGUCUUCACAGAGUUGGGCCCUGGGGGCUUGGGUCCAGGGGAGCCCAUCAAGGACAGCGGGGACCUUGGCAGGACUGUGGGUGGCCGCCGGAAGCAGGCACCCAGGAGGCAGGUACAGCUGGCUCAGGUAGGGGGGCUGGGCCUGCAGCUGCAGAGGGACACUGCUGGCCCCUAUGAGUGUUCUGAGUGUGGGGUCGGCUUCCGCGGCAAGCAGCAGCUGGCCGUGCACCAGCGGACCCACCUGGGGUGGGGCUCUCACACAGACCCUGAGCCCGGAGAGAACCUUCGGCCCAGGCCUCGACUCAAGCCACAGGCCCGGAAGGCCAGGCUGCACCAAUGUGGCGUGUGCCUACGCAGCUUCAGCUGCAAGGUGAGCCUGGCUGCCCACCAGCACUGCCACCCACAGGAGGGGCCUGGUGCCAGCCCCCGCACCCAGGAGAGGUUCUCGCCUAACAGCCUGGUGGCCCUGCCCGGCCACAUCCCUUGGAGGAAAAGCCGGAGUGCCCUCAUCUGCGGCUACUGUGGGAAGAGCUUCAGCCACCCGUCUGACCUGGUGCGCCACCAGCGCAUCCACACGGGCGAGCGGCCCUACAGCUGUCCCGAGUGCGACAAGAGCUUUGUGCAGAAGCAGCACCUCCUGCAGCAUCAGAAGACCCACCAGCGCAAGCGGGCUGGGCCCGCGCUGGACCCCGGGAGGCCCAAGGGCCUGCUUUAA